ACUGCAAUAACUAACUGGCAGAGCACUGUGGUCGCCUGUGCUGCGUGCGUUCUGUCGUUGCAUGUCGGUCUAAUGCGAUUUGUUUGUUUACCCAGUUGACAGUUCCUGGAAAAUCGUCAUGGUGAACAUAUCUUAGCGCUUGUGCGGAAAAAUUCUAUAUCCCGGUGAUGCUGCGUGUGUAAACGAACGUGCGAAAUUUCAACACACGUAUAACCAAUCUCAUCGAGCUGAUAGGCACACAUUCAGCGCACUUUUAAAAGUGCAGCGGGAGCAGCUCCACAUUUUGAGUGAACUAAAAUAAAUAAAAAAUUCUUUGUAUCUAUGAAAGCGCACAGUUUAAAAUUGGUUGGCCGUGCGCGUAUUUUCGGCACAAACACUAUCCCCAAAAUAAAUAUGUAUGUCUAAUAUAGAAAUAAAAUGUUAAAAUUUCAAAGCGUUUCAAGUUCCAAAAUAGUGGUAGAUAAAAAUAAAAGUGAAUUAAAGCGGUGAUAAUUGUGCUAAGUGUAGAAAGGAAAAUAAUAAUAAAAUAUCCGCUAUUGUAUGGGUGUUUGUGGCAUUAUAUGUGUAGCAACAAAUAAACAGUUAUUUGUAAAUAUAAUCAUUAAGUGACGUACAAAGCAGUUUGAAGUGCCCAAUUAAAAAGUAGUUAAAAGAAAAAUGUCACUUUCAACUAAUUUAACCUUUACGUUUGGAUUAUUUAUGUUCUGCGGUGCGCUGGUGCAUUGUCACCUCAAUGUUUACCUCAAUCUGCACGAAGUGAUGCGAUUAAUAGGUGUCUCGGCUGAGUUGUAUUAUGUGCGCGAUGGUCAGGUCAACGAUUAUGCGCUUAAUUUUGCCGUUCCUGUGCCGGCGAACGUCAACGAGAUCUCCUUUACGUGGCAGAGUCUAGCCCAUCAUCCGCUUCCAUACAGUGUCAACAUUAUUACAUCAGAGCCAUUCGUACUGCCACGGCCAAUGUUGAAUAUUUCACGCAUCGGCGAAAUUCCGCUGGAGCCACAAACUUUCGCUGUCAGUUUGAAAUGUUCUGGCACGCGAGACGCCGAAGUUGAGGUCACCAUCGCCAUCGAAAUAAUACUGGACCGAAAAACGAAUAACAUAACAGAUUUGAUGUUUAAACGCAAAAAAAUUUGUCUUGCAGGCCCGCAGGAAGACGGACGCCAUACGAAUAUCGGUAGUAGUGUUGGCAAUUUGAACAAACAUAUUAACCAACCGAUAGAGGGUAUUUUGGAAGAUGUUACUGGUGGUCAUGUAGUGCACGAAAACGAGGGGAUGAAGUUCGGUGAGGACGGCAUAAGUCCACAUGUAACCAGUAGUGAUGAACAGCAUAUGAUGGAUGAAAAUUUGUUAGGCGGUGGUCGUUUGAGCGGCCCAGGCACUAUUUUGCACGAUUUUGAUCCCAUGCUAAAGGAGACACUUGCGCCUCCCACCAGCGGAGUAACCACACUCAUAAUUGGCGGUAUACUGGCACUGAUACUGGUCAUUACACUAAUUGUAAUUGCUUACUGCGCUAAGGGACCAACGAAGCGGCAAAAUCACGGGGUACAUCUUAUAAAAACAUCGAGCUUUCAGCGCUUACCUACAAUAUCAUCGACAGCUCACAAUUCCAUCUAUGUGUGUCCGUCUGUCAUCACGCCCACUUAUGCAACACUCACACGACCUUUCCGAGAGUACGAACAGGAACCGGAGGAGUUCAAUCGUCGUCUGAGUGAAUUGACUGUACAAAAGUGUCGUGUUCGAUUAUCAAGUUUGGUGCAAGAGGGUACAUAUGGCCGCAUCUAUAAGGGUACUUACAAUGACAGCCAAGAGGUACUGGUGAAAACUGUAGCUCAACAUGCCAGUCAAAUCCAAGUGUCGCUUUUGCUCCAAGAAGGUAUGAUGCUAUACGAUGCGGCACAUCCCAACGUACUCUCCGUCUUAGGCGUUACAAUCGAGGAUUUUACCACACCAUUUUUGCUCUAUCCAGCGUCCAACAAUACACGAAAUUUGAAGCUGUUCUUACAAGAACCGGCAUAUGCGAGAAGCGUUACCACCAUCCAGACAGUGCUGAUGUCCUCGCAACUGGCAAUGGCCAUGGAACACUUACAUAAUCACGGUGUAAUCCAUAAGGAUGUUGCGGCUAGGAACUGUGUUAUCGAUGACCAACUGCGCGUCAAACUUACCGAUAGUUCGUUGAGUCGUGAUCUAUUCUCAGGUGAUUAUAAUUGCUUAAGCGAUGGUGAAAAUCGGCCGAUUAAAUGGAUGUCACUUGAGGCUAUACAAAAGAAGAACUACAACGAGGGUAGCGAUGUGUGGUCCUUCGGUGUUCUAAUGUGGGAGAUGUGCACACUAGGUAAACUACCUUACGCCGAGAUCGACCCAUAUGAAAUGGAGCAUUACUUGAAGGAUGGCUACCGUCUGGCACAACCCUAUAACUGUCCAGAUGAAUUAUUCACCAUUAUGGCCUACUGCUGGGCAGUAUUACCGACUGAACGUCCGUCAUUUAGCCAAUUGCAAAUAUGCCUUUCUGAGUUCCACACGCAAAUCACAAGAUAUGUCUAAGAUUCCGAGGUAAACUGGAAUAGGUAGACUUCAUAAUGUAAAAAUUGGCGUUGUUGUAUAUAAAUAGAAGUGAAGAGUUCGUUAUAUGAACAUAUUACGACCAUAAGAACCCAAAGACAGAUAAUUAAUUGAAAAGUAGGUAUUGUACAUAUAUUCUUACAUAUGUAUGUACACAUAUAUGCACCUAUAUGUAUAUAGAAACAGGUCAAUAUAUAAGGGGUAUUUUUUGACAUGUGGUUUCCAAAAAGAAAUAAAACGCAUAUAAUUUUCUAUAACGUUAUGGCCAAGAAUUUAGUUUUAUUGAAAAUACUUUUAUACUCGUAAGUGUUUGCCAUUAUAUUUUAAAUAUAAUUUCAAUAUGAUGACCGCCGCGGCUGGCUCGAAAAUUCCAGCCGAGAGGCCAAAUUUCCGACCACCUUUUGAAGCAGGUCGUAUGUUAGCAAUAACGCAUCGAAUAUUCUCUUCCAAGGCGUCACAUAUUGGGCAGGAUCCCUACUUUUGCGCAUCAACUCACGAAAGCUUUACUUCGAUGAUUUUUAUUUUUUUUAUUUUGAAUAUAAAUAAUGGUUUACAAGUAGGAAAUGUAAACUAAAAAACAACCAAAAUGAUUUAAUUUAAUAUUUAUCAAUAUUGUUGCCAUCUUUAUCUGUCACUAGGAUGCUUUUAAACUUCAGCAACACCAUCAUCAUCAUCUUAUCAGUAUCACUGCCCUUAAUUCCACAUUCAUCACAUAUGAUUGAAUCAACAGACUUAUUUGGUAAAUUUUAAUUGUUCUUUUUUUGGCAAUCUACGCAUUCAUGAAAUUAACAAAAGACAAUUCAGAAUAUGAUGCUUUGAUUUACAUUUUCUUCAAUGAAAUUCCCGAUAUUUUUUUAGAUUUUUUGUUUCCUCCUUGUUGGCCAAUAUGCAAAAGAGCUUUUUCAAUAAUUUCUAGUCCGUGUAUAUUUCAUACACGUCGGUUGAAUAUUUUACGAUCGUUAUGACUUAAACAUUAAUAGUAUAGGCACUUAAUUUGUUAAAUUUAAAUUUAUUGAGGCUAUUUCAACAAGCUUUUUUGAGGGGUAAGAAAAAAACUUAUGGCGGCAUUACCGUUGUUUAUGUUUCCAAUGUUAGGUUUAGGGUGGUCAACUAUUAAUCCUAAAGUAUCGUUUAAAGUUGCUUCUGAAAUUUUCAAUGGG